AUGGGGAAUGAGCAUGAGAUUGGCAGAGAAAGUCGUCCAUUGCCCUCAGCAAAAGCACAGAUUUCAGACACUUUAUCACUCUCUCUCACUCACUCACUCACUCACUCACUCACUCACUCUAUUGUUCUCUCUCACUCACUCACUAACUCACACUAUCAUUCUCUCCCACUCACUCUAUCAUUCUCUCACUCACUCUUUCAUUUUUUCAUUCAUUUUAUAAUUCUCUCACUCACUCACUUUAUCAUUCUGUUUCUCACUCACUCUCUUUAUCAUUUUCACUCACUCACUCAAUCGUUCUCUCUCACUCACUCUCUCUGUAUCAUUCUCUCUCAAUCACUCUCUCUCUGUAUCAUUCUCUCUCAAUCACUCUCUCUGUAUCAUUCUCUCUCAAUCACUCUCUCUCUGUAUCAUUCUCUCUCACUCACUCUCUCUGUAUCAUUCUCUCUCAAUCACUCUCUCUCUGUAUCAUUCUCUCUCACUCACUCUCUCUGUAUCAUUCUCUCUCAAUCACUCUCUCUCUGUAUCAUUCUCUCUCAAUCACUCUCUCUGUAUCAUUCUUUCUCGGUCACUCUCUCUCUGUAUCAUUCUCUCUCACUCACUCUCUCUGUAUCAUUCUCUCUCACUCACUCUCUCUCUGUAUCAUUCUCUCUCAAUCACUCUCUCUCUGUAUCAUUCUCUCUCAAUCACUCUCUCUCUGUAUCAUUCUCUCUCACUCACUCUCUCUGUAUCAUUCUCUCUCAAUCACUCUCUCUGUAUCAUUCUCUCUCAAUCACUCUCUCUGUAUCAUUCUCUCUCAAUCACUCUCUCUCUGUAUCAUUCUCUCUCACUCACUCUCUCUGUAUCAUUCUCUCUCACUCACUCUCUCUGUAUCAUUCUCUCUCAAUCACUCUCUCUCUGUAUCAUUCUCUCUCAAUCACUCUCUCUGUAUCAUUCUUUUUCAGUCACUCUCUUUGUAUCAUUCUCGCUCUCUGUGUAUAA